AUGGGCUGCUGUGGUUGUGGAAGUUGUGGUGGCUGUGGUGGCGGCUGCGGUGGUGGCUGCGGUGGUGGCUGCGGUGGCGGCUGUGGCAGCUGCACCACGGGCAGACGCUACCGGGUCGGCGGCUGCACCAGCUGCUGCCCCUGCUGCUACGGCUGCUGUGGGGGCUGCUGCAGCGUCCCCGUGGUCUGCUGCUGCCGCUGCACCUGUAGCUGCAACUCGCGUGGCUGCGGCCGUGGGAAGGGCUGUUGCCAGCAGAAGGGCUGCUGCAAGAAGCAAUGCUGCUGCUAG